AUGAAUGGUUUUGAGAGGCUCGAAGAAACAUCGCUCCCGCCGAAGGAGAAAUUUUUCAGCGAAAACAUCAGCGACACGGAUUAUGAAAGUGCCUUGAACGUAUGGAAUACCUUCAACAUGAAAACCAUGAGGAACUAUCACGAUGUGUACCUGAUAACGGACAUCUUCCUCCUCACAGACGUGAUGGAAAACUUUAGAAAGGUUUGCAAGACCAACUACGGGUUGGAUCCAAUGUGGUACUACACAGCACCCGGGUUGGCAUGGGACGCUGCGCUGAAGUUGACCGGUGUGGAGCUGGACCUUAUAUCCGAUCCGGAUAUGUACCUAUUUAUCGAAAAGGGUUUUCGAGGCGGAAUGAGCACCAUUACCAAAAGGUAUGCCAGUGCAGAUAAUAAGCAUAUUGAACUUUCCAAGAACCUAACCCGGUUGGAAAGGUUUAAAAAGUGA